UAAAAGCCACGCCCACCGAGUCAGCGCUACGUGCUUUAAAGAUGGCGGCAUGUGUGAGUGUGGGAUCUGAUGUUUUUAUUAGCCUCAAGUUUGUGAUUUGAAGUUUUGUAUUAAGGCAGACGCUAAACGUCAGGUUUCCGUAGAUCGCUUAGUCUCGCGCUCUCCGUCGAUCAGAUGUCUGAAGGCAGAUAGACGGGGAUGUGAUCGGUCACCGCGCUCGGAGAGGUAGAGUUGGUGGCCAGUUUGACAUGCUAAAACUGACAGCUGUAAUCAGCUAGCAAAUGUGACCUGUGCUUCCAACACUACGCAGCCAGCAGGUGAUAACCUGCUAGUCAGAUCACAGCCUUAGCUGCUCUAGUCAUAGGUUUAGAAAGUAAGAUUAGGUGCUUUGCCAUUGUUAGCAGGUGACCUGUCAGUCACUGAAUGCUUCUGGUUCCAUUAACUACAUUAACACCUUACGACCCCAUAUAUAUAAAUCAGUCUUGUGUGUUUAGUAGAGUUUACAUUGCUUUUAUUUUCUUUGCCAAGCUCGUGCAGCAUUUUGAAGCCCGCUAAGCCAUUUUAAUGAAUUGCUUGUGGUAACUUUAGUUGUUUUGACUGGUGGUUCUGUCUGUCUAUCUGAACAGGACACGAUUCAAGCCCUUAAUGACUGAAAGUUUUCAUGGUGUAAUUCAUUCUUUUGGUUUCUGGUCAUUUUUCCAAUAUUAUUUAGCGGUAGUAGAAUGCUAUCCCGAGCUUUAAGAAAAUCCCUUUCCUAUGGAAAUCCACUAGUGGCGGGUUUCACUGGGAGCUAUUGUAGUCGUCUGUGUUUUCAUCAGACCGCCGUGUGUAAAGUUGCUUCGCAAGCUGAACGUGGCUUCAAACCGGCGAAGGUGGCUGUUGUGACUAAAACCACACGAUAUGAAUUCGAGCAGCAGAGAUAUCGCUAUGCGGGACUGUCGGAGGAGGAUCUCAAACAGCUGCUUGCCUUGAAAGGAUCCAGUUACAAUGGGCUUCUGGAGAGACACAAUAUACACACCUUCAAUGUUGGACAGAUUGUGGACAGCCUACAGAAAGAAGGGAUUGAGGUGCGCAUUGUCAAAAGAGGCGAGUAUGAUGAGGACACAGUACGAUGGGCUGAUGCCAUCAUCUCUGCUGGAGGUGAUGGCACCAUGCUACUAGUUGCCAGUAAAGUGUAUGAUAAGAAUAAACCUGUAUUGGGGGUCAAUACAGACCCAGAAAGGUCAGAGGGUCACCUGUGUUUACCUGUGCACUAUACACAUGCCUUUUCUGAGGCCUUACAGAAACUCAGGAAGGGUGAGUUCAGGUGGCAGUGGCGUCAGCGCAUCCGGAUGUACUUGGAGGGCACCGGGAUCAACCCGACUCCAGUGGACCUGCAUGAGCUGCAGCUGAGCCUCGAGCAGCACAGCAAGGCGCACCGCAUCACCACAGACACUCAGAGCAGUACGACACACGACAGUUCUGAAAGGCCUCACCUACUGCCUGUCCGAGGGCUCAAUGAGAUCUUCAUCGGGGAGUCCCUGUCCUCCAGGUUGAAGUAUAAAUCCUUCAAACCCCAUCUUACCCUCUCGCUUCAUAGGGCUUCAUACUACGAAAUCUCCAUCGAUGACGGGCCGUGGGAGAAGCAGAAGAGCUCAGGGCUUAGCAUUUGCACUGGAACUGGAUCUAAAGCCUGGUCCUACAAUAUUAAUAAGCUCGUCGAGCAGGCAGUGGAGGAUGUCCUCAGAAUAGGUAAAUUAAAAACAGGUUUGGAUGUUCCUCUAAAUCGGGAGUUCAUUGAGAGUGUCACUGAAACAUACAACGAGUCGCUGAUCUUCAGCCCAGAGGAGGACAAACUUUUCUUCAGUAUAAGAGAGCCGAUAGUCAACAGAGUAUUUUCCAGUAGCCAACAAAGAGGUUUUGCCAAAAAGGUUUGUGUCCGCUCGAGGUGUUGGGAUGCCUGCAUGGUGGUGGAUGGUGGGACAUCCUUCGAGUUUAAUGAUGGUGCCAUUGCUACAAUCAGCUUAAAUGAGGAGGACCUGUUGCGAACUGUCAUUCUUGAUUAAAUCCUUUGAUACAUCAAACUUUUUAUUUAUUGAGGACUGAAUAAUGGUCUUUAAAGCAGGUUCUUUAAGCACUGAGUUUUAAGGGAUGACAAGGUUUGCAGAUGAAAUGUUCAUUUAUACUCAUAUAAAUGAUAUAUAUAUAUCAGGAUUUCA